AUGACAAAACUGGGCUUCCUGCGUUUGUCCUACGAGAAGCAGGACACACUGCUGAAGUUACUCAUCCUUUCUAUGGCCGCCAUCCUCUCAUUUUCCACCAGACUCUUUUCCGUCUUGAGGUUUGAAAGUGUCAUCCAUGAGUUUGAUCCGUACUUCAACUACCGUACGACACGCUUCCUAGCAGAAGAAGGAUUUUAUAACUUUCACAACUGGUUUGACGACAGAGCAUGGUAUCCACUUGGGCGGAUCAUCGGCGGUACUAUUUAUCCUGGGCUGAUGAUCACCUCGACUGCGCUUUACCACGUCUUACAUUUUUUUCACAUCACCAUUGAUAUCCGAAAUGUCUGCGUUUUUCUGGCUCCCUUGUUCUCCUCCUUCACAGCAAUUGUCACCUAUCACUUCACCAAGGAGUUGAAGGAUGCUGGUGCUGGGCUCUUGGCUGCAGCCAUGAUUGCUGUGGUUCCUGGUUACAUCUCACGUUCUGUUGCUGGCUCCUAUGACAAUGAAGGUAUUGCCAUCUUCUGCAUGUUGUUGACUUACUACAUGUGGAUCAGAGCUGUAAAAACUGGAUCGGUGUAUUGGUCCUCGAUAUGUGCCCUGGCCUACUUCUAUAUGGUUUCCUCCUGGGGUGGCUAUGUGUUCCUGAUCAACCUUAUCCCCCUUCAUGUCCUGGUUCUGAUGCUCACUGGAAGAUUUUCUCACCGGAUCUAUGUAGCAUACUGCACAGUUUACUGCUUGGGCACCAUCCUGUCCAUGCAGAUCUCCUUCGUUGGUUUCCAGCCGGUGCAGUCCUCGGAGCACAUGGCAGCCUUUGGCGUUUUUGGCUUGUGCCAGAUUCAUGCCUUUGUGGACUAUCUACGCAGCAAACUCAAUGCUCAGCAAUUUGAGGUGCUUUUCAAGAGCGUCAUCUCCCUGGUGGGAUUCCUCCUGCUCUCCGUGGGCGCUGUUCUCAUGCUAACAGGAAAGAUAUCUCCAUGGACUGGUCGUUUCUACUCCCUGCUGGACCCCUCCUACGCUAAAAACAACAUCCCGAUUAUUGCCUCAGUGUCUGAGCAUCAACCCACAACAUGGUCCUCCUAUUAUUUUGAUCUCCAGCUGCUGGUGUUCAUGUUCCCAGUUGGUCUUUACUACUGUUUCAACAACUUGUCGGAUGCAAGGAUCUUCAUCAUCAUGUAUGGCGUGACUAGCAUGUACUUCUCAGCUGUUAUGGUCCGUCUGAUGUUGGUGUUGGCCCCUGUCAUGUGCAUCCUUUCUGGCAUCGGUGUGUCCCAGGUGCUAACUACCUACAUGAAGAAUUUGGAUGUCAGCAAGCAAGACAAAAAGAACAAGAAGCAGCAGGACUCCACCUACCCCAUUAAAAAUGAAGUUGCCUCUGGGAUGAUUCUGGUCAUGGCCUUCUUCUUAAUAACAUACACCUUCCACUCUACUUGGGUGACAAGUGAGGCCUACUCCUCCCCCUCAAUUGUGCUGUCCGCCCGCGGUGGGGAUGGCAGUCGUAUUAUUUUCGAUGACUUUAGAGAGGCUUACUACUGGCUUCGUCACAACACCCCAGAGGAUUCCAAAGUCAUGUCAUGGUGGGAUUAUGGCUAUCAGAUAACGGCAAUGGCAAAUCGAACAAUUUUAGUGGACAACAACACGUGGAACAACACGCAUAUUUCUAGAGUUGGACAGGCCAUGGCAUCUACUGAGGAGAGAGCCUAUGAGAUUAUGAGGGAGCUGGAUGUCAGUUAUGUUCUAGUCAUCUUUGGAGGACUUACAGGUUAUUCGUCAGAUGAUAUCAACAAGUUUCUGUGGAUGGUCCGCAUCGGGGGCAGCACGGACACCGGGAAGCACAUCAAGGAGCAUGACUACUACACACCCACAGGAGAGUUUAGAGUGGACCGCGAAGGCUCGCCAGUGUUGCUCAACUGCCUCAUGUACAAGAUGUGCUACUACCGAUUUGGCCAGGUCUACACUGAAGCCAAGCGCCCACCAGGUUAUGACAGAGUGAGAAAUGCUGAAAUUGGCAAUAAAGACUUUGAACUUGAUGUGUUGGAAGAGGCCUACACGACAGAACACUGGCUUGUAAGGAUAUACAAGGUUAAAGAUCUGGACAACCGUGGUCUUUCAAGAACAUAA